GACCACGCCCCCGUUAUGUGCCAUCACCGUGCACGCGGCCAGCUGUGCGUGUCUGCACGUGAACCAUCGGGAUGGCCUGCACCUCUGAUGUCGUGAACAAAAUAAUACGCUACAAACUUCAGCUAACAAACACAGACGAGGCUGCUAAGAUUCUAAAAACGUUGAAGAAACUUAAAGAUCUAGAAGUAACGUUGGAUGUUCUUGCAGAAACUGGAAUUGGAAAAACUGUUAACUCUUUGCGCAGACAUGAACUCGCUGGAGACUUGGCCAAAUCAAUUGUGAAAGACUGGAAGAAACUGGUACCGAAAGGAUCCAAAAGUCCCUCAAUAGAUGACAAAACAACAGGUGAAUUACAAUGCACAGAUAAAUCAGACAAAGCGAAAGCAGCGAGAGAUGACUUUAAUAAUAACUAUUUGCCUGAUGAAAGGGAAGAGGAUGAGCCUGUAAACAAGAAGAUCAAAAGGAAUCAUUUGGAUACCAGCAAAGAUUAUAGAGACGCAAAUGAGCAGAAAAAGCAACGGACCUCAGCAAAUGAAUUUUUAAACAAAACCAAAUUAACUGAGAAGCAAAAGAAGAAAAAUACCAGUGAUGAAUCUUCUGAUGAAACCCCACUCAAAAGCAGCCCAUCAGAGAACAUUUUAGGUAAAGAAAAAUCAAAGUCUCACAAGAGAAAAAAAUACAGUCGCUUUUCUGACAAUGAGAGUGACCCUUCAGAAAGUGGCUCUGACAAAGAACCCUUGAAUGAGACGAAAUCCACAGAUCAGACGAAAUCAAUUUGUCCUGAGCCAAGUCGUACAAAGCCUAAAGUUGAGCAGUUCAAGGUCAGGCAUUCAGACGUCCAAAAAAGGAAAAGGAAGAAACAUGACAAACACAAACGUAAAGAGACAAGUCCCGUCAUUAAAGCCAAAAAUCCAAAACGCAACAAGAAUGCUACCAGCGACGCUGAAGAGCCAACUAUGUCAUUUGAAUCCUACUUAAAUUAUGAUGAAAAUGUGUCCAAGAAGAAAGAACGCCCCAAACCUAAGAAACACCCCCACAAAUCCACACCAGUGUUUAAAAAAGAACCAGAAAAAGCUGUAAAUGUUCAGCCCGAGGAGCCAAUGAAGGAGUUAACGAUGAGUUCCUUAGUGCCAGUAUGUCCAGACUCCCCAAUACAGAUCUCUUCAGAGUCUAUAAUGAGAAUUCCAGAGAGCCCGCCUUUAGAGUCCUGGUUUCCUGAAGUAGAAACUAAAAGAAAAGCAGAAAAAGAAGACGAUUCAUGUGACAUUUUGGAGGAGUCUGCCAUUUUUACUGGUCAGCGACUUAACAAGAAAAUGCAAGUCUACUCUGGCGCAAAGACCAUUUUCCUUCCAGCCAUGAUGAGCCUUUACCAGCAGUGUAUCCGCACACUUCAGAACAACAUCAACUUGCUGUACGAAACUGGAGGAGUCCCUUUUGAGAUCCUAGAGCCAGUGUUGGAGAGGUGUACACCAGAGCAGCUCCUCCGCAUUGAAGAAUUCAACCCAAUUUAUAUCGGAGAAACGGAUCAUCUGUGGGGAAAGCACUGUCAGAGGGACUUUAAAGAUGCCAAACUCCUGGAGUAUGAGUCUUGGAAAGAGAUGUACCUUCGACUGUCUGAGGAGAGGGAGAGGAAGUUUAAAAUGCUCACAAAAACCAUAUCGUCAGCACAGUCCACCAGGCCUAAAGGUCGGCAGGUGAAGAUGGCAUUUAUUCAUAGUGUUGCCAAGCCACCAAGAGAUGUGCGAAUUAAGCAGGAAAUCCAUGGAACUGCAGUUCAGCAGCCUCUGCCCAAGUGCAGUAUGAAAGUCACGGACGGCAGACCCAGACAUACCCCCAAAGAGACCACCAGGCCCAGCAGCAGCACUUCUGCUACUACCAAUUCACAAGAUCCACGAAAAAAGACCAGUAGGUUCAAAGUUGCUCCGAUGAUGGCCAAAUCCCUAAAAGCCUUUAAGAAACAGUUUAGUCGCAGAUAAAUGCUCUUCUAUUUAGUCUUGAGGUUGUGGGAUACACUCACCUUUAUCAUUUAUUUAUUUUGGACAGUAGAACAAAUGUACACAUGAUUAUAUACACCAAUAAACUGGAAAAGUGCA